AUGAAAGAUUGUCUCAUCAAACUGCCAACAUUAACCGCACCAAACAAAGGAGAACCUUUGGUACUCUACCUAUCAGCUUCCGAUAGGGCAGUCGGAGCAGUCUUACUUGUCGAUCGUCAAGGUACUCAGACACCAGUCUACUAUGUGUCACGAACCUUGACCGACCCAGAAACCCGGUAUGCCAUCAUGGAAAAGCUAGUCCUUGCACUGAUUCAUGCUUCAAGGCGGCUGCGCAGAUACUUUGCCAAUCACGUCAUCCAUGUGCUAACAAACUACAACAUCGGCAACAUCCUUGCAAGGCCAGAAAUAUCAGGAAGGCUAGCCAAAUGGGCGAUAGAACUGGGAGGUCACAAUGUGGUUUUCAGACCACGACCAUCAAUCAAAGGCCAAGUCUUGGCAGAUUUUAUGACAGAAGUUCCAGAUGACAAAGAUAGAGAAUGUAAAGCAAUGGAAAAAGCUGAGAAAAAGCAAACAGAGGAGCCAUGGUUGUUAUACACCGACGGCGCGUCUAACGAAGACGGAGCAGGCGCAGGGCUAAGGCUGGUAAGCCCCGACAAACAUGAAUUCACGUACGCCAUACGCCUAUAUUUUAAAAGCACAAACAACGAAGCCGAGUAUGAAGCUUUCCUGGCAGGCUUACGAUUGGCGGUCAAAAUGGGGGUCCGACACAUCGAAGCGCAUGUGGACUCCAUGCUAGUAGCGGGGCAAAUCAACGGCCAAUACGAAGCCAAGGGGGAUGUAAUGGCACUCUAUCUCAGCCAAGCAAAAACGUUGCUACAAACCUUCUACUCCUACAAGGUGCACCACAUAAACAGAAGCGAGAACAAGCCAGCAGACGCGCUGAGUAAACUCGCAUCAACAAGUUUCCAACACCUAGCAAAGGAUGUGCGCAUAGAAGUUUUGAGCAACCCAUCCGUUCCACUCAGAGAAGUAAGCGUCAUCCAAACAGGGACAACUUCUUGGAUGACCCCAAUAAUCAUGUACCUUCAGUCUGGGAUUCUCCCGGAAAACAAGGCGGAGGCAAGAAAAAAUCAGUACAAGGCCGAGCACUACCAGAUGGCCGAUGGAAUUUUAUACAGGAAGUCAUACCUAGGACCGUUGCUAAGAUGCGUAGAUGCCGAAGACACAAACUACUUAAUCCGGGAAGUUCAUGAAAGAAUUUGUGGUAUCCAUGUCGGGCCUCGAAUGGUGGUGGCAAAAGUGAUGAACGCCGGGUACUACUAG